UUUUUUUUAGUUGCCUUGUCAGUCAGGAAGCAGGUGGAAGAAGACAGCACACAGACGCACAGAGGCCCGAGCAUCGGGGAGACAACUGGGAUUAAAAUGAUUCUGAAGAACAGCGUGGGCUUAGUGACGGGGGCAUCUCGCGGACUUGGGAAGGCAUUUGCUGAAGCCCUGUUAAAGAAGGAAGCAAAGGUGGUUAUAUGCGAUAUCAACCAUGAGGAAGGUGCAAUUACCAAAGCAGAAUUUGAUGAGAAAUAUGGCCCCAGUCAAACAACAUUUGUCACUUGUGAUGUCACAUCCCCAUCCCAGUUGAAAGAUCUAUUUAGCCAAACAGUGCAGAAGUAUGGAAAACUAGAUAUAUUAUGCAAUAAUGCUGGAAUAAAUAAUGAGAAUAUCUGGGAAAAGACUAUCUCUGUCAAUCUGGUGGCGUUGAUACAAGCAAACUAUCUGGCUUUGGAACACAUGAGGUGUGAUCGUGGAGGACAGGGUGGCAGCAUUGUCAACGUGGCCUCCUUGUCAAGUUUCCAAAUAGCAGCCCAUGCUCCUGUGUACACGGCUACCAAACACGGAGUACUUGGUUUCACACGGUCACUUGCGGAAGCUUCCAAGUUGGGAAAUUAUGGGAUUCGUAUAAAUGCCCUGUGUCCGGGAUUUGUCAACACAAGUAUUCUUGAAACAUUAGACCAGGAAGAAAUCCUCGGAAUGUUUUAUCAAUUUAAAGACAUGGCCAAGCAUUGGAUAAAUUUAUUCGGGGUAUUGGAACCUUCGGUCGUAGGUGAUGCCUUUAUACAACUGGUUGAGGAUGACAGCUUAAAUGGAGCAGCUAUGAAGAUUACAUCAUCCAAAGGCAUUCAGUUUGAAAACUUUUAGAACUCCAAGCAGCAGAAGAUCAUUGAUUCAAUUUACCCAUUGGCAAUAAAUGCCUGCUGGUUUCCUGGUUCCAAAUGUAUAUUCCUUGCUACUGCAACCAAACACAGACAAAAUGGGGGUUUGAUAUGAAUGAAGAGGCAAUAUAUCUACUCCAGGCUAAGCCAAUCAAGUGUGAGAGAAAGAUGCUGUGAUUUUAUUUUCUUCUGCAAAAAAAUAUUUACUUCUAAUAUGUUGCAUUUAGGACAUCUUACAGCAUUUAAAAUCAAUGAAAUUACAAUUAUAGCGUAGUAUAGACAAUUUAUACAUAGCAACAAAAGUGAAAAUGGUGGAGAUACUCAGUAGGUCAGUCAGCAUCUGUGGAAAGAGAAACAGAGUUAAUCUUUCAAGUUACUUAUUCCAUAAUUUCCUCAACUUUUGAAAUAUUCAAGGCUCCCCACUUGACUUACCGUUCUAAUACAGCUCUUCAACCUGAAGUGUGGAUUCUGUUUUUAAUUCUAUAGAAAUACAGCCUGAUCUCCUGACCAACAGUUUCUGAUUUUGUUUCAGAUUUCCUGUUUUUAAAUAUUUUUCAAUGUGCGAUUUCCCUGCUCUAACUGACUAUUGGGGGGUACGGGUGGGCUGCCUAAAGUACAACCCAUCAAAGUGACCAUCACAUUCUUAAAUAGUUUACUUUUGUUUAGAUAUACUGCAUGGAAACAGACCCUUCAGCCCGCCGAGUCAGCGUAGACCAACGUUCCCUGCACACUGACACUAUCUGACACACACUAAGGACAAUUUACAAUUUUACCAAGCCAAUUAACCUGCAAAGCUGUACAUCUUUGGAGUGUGGGGGGAAACCAAAUCUCCCGGAGGUCACGGUGAGAAACGUGGCAAAUUCCACACAGACAGCACAAGUAGUCAGGAGUGAACUCGGGUCUCAGGCGCUGUAAGGUAGCAACUCUACCGCUGUGCCACCGUGGUUGGUGGUUCGUGUGGACUCCGUGGGAAGAAGGACCUGGUUCUAUUCUUUUUCUCUAUGUCUUUAUAAGCUUGCUAUACAGAAAACCUCUCUAAUUUAAGUGUUUAUUUGGUAACAAUACACACAUUCCCUGCAUACAAUGGCUCUCUGGGUCUCUUGGUAACCACUAAGUACUGGUCCUGUCACUUAAAUCUUUCAUUCGAAGGUGUGGAAUUCUAUAAUUGCCUACUCUCUGAAAUUUACUCAGAAUUGAGAAGAAAAAUUGUUUUAACAUCUCGUUCUACAAUUAUUAAAAACAUAAAGCCUCUAA